AUGGAGGCGACGGCGAUGAGCUUGGGCAAGGCUGUGCUGGGCGGAGCGCUCAGCUAUGCCAAGUCCCAGGCCGCGGAGGAGGUGGCCCUGCAGCUCGGCGUCGAGGACGACGUGAUCUUCAUCACCGACGAGCUGCAGAUGAUGCAGUCGUUCCUGAUGACAGCCGACAAGGAGCGAAGCCAGAGCAAGGUGCUCACGACCUGGGUGACGCAGGUCCGCGACCUGGCCUACAACGUGGAGGACAGUCUCAUGGAUUUCGGCCUCCACGCUGGGAAGAAGCCCAUCUGGGGGUGCAUCCCCGAGGUGAAAAAGCUAAGGGCCAAGGUCGAGGAUGUAAGCAACAGGAACCUGCGCUACCGCCUCAUCAAGGAUGGCUCAAGCUCCAAGCCUGCCGGUGCGGUGGCGGAGCAGUCUGGCGCCUCUGAUGGUGCAGCAAUGUUUGGCAUAAACCAAGCCAUGAUUGCUGCCGUAGAGCACCAACAGUCCAAGGCAGACCUUCUGCAGCUGGUCACUAGCAAGGAGGUCGACCUGAGGGUGAUGGCUAUGUGGGGAACAACCGGUGAUCCUGGGAAGACGGCCGCCAUCCAUGAGGUUUAUAAUGACCCAAGUGUGACCUCAAGGUAUGGAGUCAGGGCAUGGGUUAGGCUGAUCCACCCUUUCAAGCCAAGAGUGUUUCUUCAUAGCAUGGUAAGGCAAUUCUUUGAAAAUGUUCAUGAUAAGCCUCAAGGGGGAGAAGAAGUAGUAAUGAAUGUUGGGGCAAGUGUUCUUCUCAAGAUGGAGAAGAUGAACCAAAGUGAUUUAGUGUACACGUUUACUACACAGUUGAGUAGCAAUAGCUAUCUAAUUGUAAUAAAUGGCCUACGCACAAUAGAAGAGUGGCAAUGCAUCAGAAGGUACUUCCCUGACAACAAGAAACAGAGCAGAAUCAUAGUGUCCACUCAGCAAGUUGAGGUUGCAAGCUUAUGUACAGAGCAACCAUACCAAAUGUCCGAGUUCAAGCAGCUCCCGUAUGACCAAACACUUUAUCUGUUCCAUAGGAAGCAGGACUCAGAGGAGCGGACCAGUGCAUCAAAUUUUGACGAAAAUGAAGCAAAACCUGCUGAUUUAGAGGAGGGAAAAUCAAAUGUGAACCACCACAACUUGACCAAGAAUGAAAAUCUCAAGAAGAUUUAUGCUACAGAUGAGCUGAUCCUGGUUAUUAUUCCUGAGCCCAUCUGUGACCCAGCAACGCCUAGUAAUGAGAUACAUGAAGAAUAUCAACAACCAAAGAGUACAGGUGGAAAUAAUUUCUGUACCUCAACGGCUAGAAAAAAGUUUGAUCGCAGGAGGACAAUGGCACUGGAUGAUGAUGUACUUGUUGGGAGAAAGACAGAGAAAUCCAAAGUAAUUGAUUUGAUUGGUCAACCUUCGGACAUGGAAGGCUGUAAGGUGAUCUCUGUCUGGGGAAUGGGAGGCCUUGGCAAAACUACUCUUGUCCGAAGCAUCUACAGAAGCCAACAGCUUGGUAACUGGAAGCGUGCUUGGGUCACUUCUCCGCGUCCCUUCAACAAUGAAGUGCUCAUCAGAACCUUAGUUUUGCAAUUACUGACAGACGAUCCUACUGCAGCAAGUGAAAUAAAACAGAAAAAACUCGACGACGAUCCUACUGCAGCAAGUGAAAUAAAACAGAAAAAACUCGACCAGGUAAGGACAAACCUAGCAACGAUGAGGUUGGAUGACCUAAGAGAAAAGUUAAAAAAUAUUCUAGAAAAGCAUAAGAACUGUCUCAUUGUUCUUGAUGACCUAUCAUCUAUUGAAGAAUGGAACUUGGUUCGAGAUCAUUUGGCAAAGGCUAAACGGAUCAUAGUCACCACAAGGGAACAUAAAGUUGCCAAACAUUGUUCGCGAGAAGACAUGAACACGCACCAACUUCAAGUCCUGGAUCAAGAGGAGGCACUUGCCCUCUUCGUAAAGAAGGUACUUCUGAACAUUUCUUUGUCAAUUAUUCCUAUUGAAAUGAGUUUGCUUUGGCUAUUGCAUUAG